GUUGUGCUUUCUGAGAGAGCAGGCAAUGGAGAAUGAGAUGAGCAAGAUCCUCAUAUUUGGGGGAACGGGCUACUUAGGCAAGUAUAUGGUGAAAGCAAGUGUUUCAAUGGGUCACAAAACUUACAUAUAUUCUCGUCCCAUCACCACACAAUCUUCUCCAGCUAAAAUAGGCAUCCACAAGGAAUUCCAAGCCAUGGCGGUCACCAUUGUUCAAGGAGAAUUCGAUGAGCAGGAGAAACUUGUAUCGGUUCUUCGUCAAGUGGAUGUAGUAAUCUCCACAUUAGCUUAUCCUCAGGUUCUCGACCAGCUCAAAAUCAUAGAAGCCAUGAAAGUUGCUGGUAAUAUAAAGAGGUUCUUUCCGUCAGACUUUGGAGUUGAAGAGGACAGAGUGACUCCCUUGCCCCCAUUUGAAGCUUUCCUUGAGAACAAGAGGAAGAUUAGAAGGGCCACAGAGGAAGCCGGAAUCCCUUACACUUUUGUGUCAGCAAAUUGCUUUGGUGCAUACUUUGUCAAUUACUUGCUCCGUCCACAUGAGCAACCUCAAGAUAUCACUGUCUAUGGCUCUGGUGAAGCUAAGGCGGUGAUGAACUAUGAAGAAGAUAUAGCCAAGUACACCAUCAAAAUAGCUGAUGACCCCGAAACAUGCAAUCGAGUUGUAAUCUGUCGGCCGCAGAAGAACAUUGUUACUCAGCUUGAACUUAUUUCCCUUUGGGAGAAGAAGACUGGAAAGACAUUUAAUAGGAUUUACGUCCCUGAGGAUGAGAUAGUGAAGCUCUCUGAGACCCUUCCACAUCCACAAAAUAUCCCAGUUUCUAUUCUUCACAGUUUGUUGGUGAAGGGUGACACGAUAGGGUUUGAACUGGGAGAGGACGACUUGGAGGCUUCUGGGCUAUAUCCAGACCUCGAAUUUAGAACGAUCGAUCAACUUCUUGAUAUUUUUCUCACUAGCCCUCCAGAUCGUGCAGCUGCUGCCUUUGAAUGAGUUUUAUGAUCUGUGAUUUCCAUGUCUU